UAUCCGAUCCAUCCAACCGCCGGCCAAAAUGAUUUCACGCAUGCUGUUGCUCCCCCUAGCCCUCGUGGCCCUCGUCCUCGCCGUCCCACCCAACAUCGCCUACGAUGCGCAGGGGAAAGUGAUGCCAUUGCCGGCCGGCCAGCAACGUGACUCCAUAAACCUCAACAUCAACCUCCCAUCCCUCAACAUCAACACGGACGACCUACGGGACUGGUUCGACCGGUUCAAGGCGCUGGCAUCGGAGUACCUCCCCGCGCAGCCGGAGGCGGAUGCAGAAGCGCGGAGGAAGCGCCGUCAGUGGCUCGAGAGCAUGCUCGAUUGCCAGGAGGAGUGCGUCAAGUGGCAUGAGACUCGCACAGACGACUGGAGAACGUGCAAUAUGUGCUGUCGGCAAGAGGCUGGACACCACGCGAAGGGGUAUUGUGGCGCGGUCAUGGGGAGGGAGUUGUAGUGCGGG